UUUAGUUCAUCCCGAGCAUCCGAUCCAUUGGUGCCGUUGACUUGCAGUUGCAGCUGCUGGGACCAAUACAUCUUCCCCUGCUCCCAUCCGGCAUCUAUCCUCCGCAGAUUUGCUGUUUCCAUCUCCACCCUCUCGAAGCUCUGCACAACGUCCACCUCCGGUCCGUGCCCUCCGAUUGAUUUGCCAACCCCAGCGGGAGCCCCGGCCUCUAUAGCAUCCCCAAAGAUCCAUCCGUCGGCGUGAGGAUGGAGGUCGUCGCCGUCAGUGCGGCGCGUUGGGUGCUGGGCAAGGCAUUGGGGUCUGUCGCCGACGGCUUGCUGGAGGCAUGGGCGGCCAGCGCGGGGCUCGGCCCCAAUAUCGACGCCCUCAAGAUGGAGCUCCUGUACGCGCAGGGGAUGCUCGACAACGCGCAGGGAAGGGAGAUCCGGAGCCCUGCGCUGAAGGAGAUGCUACUUAAGCUGCAGCAGCUGGCGUACGGCGCCGACGAUGUGCUCGACGAGCUCGAGUACUUCCGUAUCCAGGACAUGCUCGACGGCACCUGCCAUGCUGCCGACGUGCACGAUGGGGGCUGCAUUCAAGGUCUCACUCUCAAUGCACGCCACACUGCCAGAGCUAUUGCUCGUAAGCUGAAGAUCUGCUCAGGCUCACGUGAAGGGAGCCGUGGUGAUCCUGAUGACGAGCAUGAAGAUGAUGCAAGGCAAGGAUGCCUCUCUGGCAUCUGCUCGUGUGGCAGGCUCGCCAUCAGUUCAACAACAAAAUCACCCAGCACCCAGAGCGACCGGUAUGGCGGGUGCAUGUCAAAGGUCGCUUCCUGUGCUCGCCGGGCUGCACAUAAUGUCGGUAAACGCCUCCCAUGCAGCUCGUUUCCAUGCGUCCACAAUAAUGCUCACUCUGACAUGUUGGAUGCUGGCUCCAACAUGCCAGGAAAUGAAUGGGAAAGCUUCUGUAGUGCUUGCCAAUCCAAGAUUGAAGAGGGAAAACAUGUUGUGCAAACACCAAAGUUGAAGUUUGAUAGGGUGGAUAUAUCUAAAAAGAUGAAGGACAUUGUAGAGAAACUAAAGCCUGUAUCUGCCAAGGUCUCUACCAUUCUUGAUAUGGAGUUGUUGGGCUCUGCCAUUCUUAAGCUAGAGCUGUUAGGCUCCAAUACCACAACCCAAAAGAAUGCUAUGGGCCGUCCCGAAACGACUCCAGACAUUAUAGAGCCUAAGUUGUAUGGAAGGGAUAAUCAGAAAAGGAGUCUUAUCGAUGGCAUUACCGAUGGACAAUAUUUUGCCAAUGAUCUUGUGGUGGUUCCAAUUGUUGGUCCAGGGGGUAUUGGAAAGACAACUUUCACUCAACACGUAUAUGAUGAAGUGAAGAAACAUUUUGAGGUCUCGAUUUGGAUAUGUGUAUCUCUUAAUUUUAAUGUGAGCAGGUUGGCACAAGAAGCUGUGAGAAAAAUCCCUAAAGUUGACAAUGAAAAGGAAAACAGUAGUGCCCAAGAGCUAAUUGAACAGAGAUUGAAAACUAAACGUUUUUUGCUUGUAUUGGAUGAUAUGUGGACAUGUCAAGAGGAUGAGUGGAAAAAACUAAAAGCUCCAUUUGGAAGAGGGGGAGCAAAAGGUAAUGUGGUUAUAGUGACAACUCGAAUUCCAGAGGUGGCUGAAAUGGUUAAGACAGUUUAUUGCUCAGUACAAAUGGAUCGUUUAGGAGAUAAAGAUUUCAUGCAUUUCUUCGAAGCAUGUGUGUUCGGUUAUCAGCAGCCAUGGAAAGACUGUUUGGAAUUACGUCUUGUUGGGAAAAAGAUUGUCAGGAACUUGAAAGGUUUUCCUCUUGCAGCAAAAACCGUAGGAAGAUUACUAAGAAAACAACUUACUUUGGAUCACUGGACAAGUGUUCUAGAAAGCAAAGAAUGGGAACUACAGACCAACGACAAUGAUAUUAUGCCAGCGCUAAAGCUCAGCUAUGAUUAUCUUCCUUUCCAUCUGCAACAAUGUUUUUCAUAUUGCUCUUUGUUUCCUGAAGAUUAUGAAUUUCUUAAUGACGAGCUAAUUCACUUGUGGAUAGGACUAGAUAUUUUACACACAUGUGGUCAGAAUAAAAGAACGGAAGAUAUUGCUAGGAGCUAUUUGGUUGACUUGGUUAAUCAUGGAUUUUUAAAAAGGAACGAGAAAGAUGAUGGUACUCCUUAUUAUGUUGUACAUGACCUACUACAUAAUUUAGCAGUGAAAGUUUCAUCAUACGAGUGUAUUAGCAUAAAUAGUUCCAAUGUGAGGUCCAUAGAAAUCCCAAUUUCUGUGCGCCACCUGUCUAUUGUUGUGGAUGACAAAGACGUUGAGAAUAGAGUGAAUUUUGAGAACUUCAAAAAGGAACUUAGAGAACUGGACAAAAGACUGAAUGUUGAAAACCUGCGUACAUUGAUGCUGUUUGGGAGCCACCAUGGAAGCUACGCCAAGAUCUUUGGUCAUUUAUUUAGGGAGGCUAGAGCCCUUCGUGCUACUUAUGUGUCUGGAGCAUCAUAUAAUGUGGAGGAUAUGUUGCAUAACUUCUCAAAAUUUGUCCAUCUUCGGUACUUAAGGAUCAAGUCGUCGGAGUAUAAUGAUAAUGACAUACUAUGCUUACCCGCUGCUCUGUCUAGACUUUAUCAUUUGGAGGUCAUAGACCUACGAGAAUGGAGAGGAUGCUUUGGUUUCACAAGACAUAUGAGCAACCUAGAAAAACUGCAUCAUUUUCUGGUGCCUGAACAUAAGCUUCAACUACACUCUGACAUAGUUGAGGUAGGAAAAAUGAAAUUGUUGCAAGAGUUAAGGCGCUUUGAAGUUGGAAAAGAAAGUAAAGGUUUUGACCUAAGUGAACUAAGGCAAUUGUCAGAACUUGGAGGUUCACUUGUCAUUUGUAGCCUUGAGAGGAUACAGGCAAUGAAGGAAGCAGAUGAGGCAAGGCUGAUACAAGUGAAACGUUUGCACAAGCUAACGUUAGAAUGGGGUGCCGAUCGACCAGAAAAAGAUAUUGCACAUGAAGAAAAUGCUCUGGAGAUUCUUGUACCACAUAGCAAUCUUCAACACCUAUGCAUUAAAGGGCAUGGAGGCAUAAAAUGCCCACAAUGGCUAGGUGAGAAGCUCUCGGUCAAAAAUUUGGAAUCUCUUCAUCUAGAUGGUGUAGCUUGGAAUAUAUUUCCACCUAUCGGAGAGUUGUGGCUAGUUAAUGGGCCUCAUGAAGAAAUUUCAAGUAAUGUCUGCAAUAAAAAGUUCCAAAAUUUGAGAAGAUUGGAGCUAAUUAAGCUACCAAGGUUGAAAAAAUGGGCUGUAGAUGCCCCCUGUCAAUUGUUUGCCCAUUUGGAAGUGCUUAUCAUUAAGGAUUGCUCCAAGCUUACAAAGUUGUCUUUUGCACAUUCUACUUGCUGUCAACAAGAGAAAGAGAAAGGGGAUAACAUGAAUUGGUUUCCUAGUUUACGGGAGCUCGAAAUUUACAAAUGUCCUGAACUAUCGUCCUUUCCUCCUAUUCCUUGGACUAGCGCUCCGUGCUCUGCUACGGUAAGUGGUACUUCAGGUUUGCAUAGAUUGUAUUGCGGCAAAUAUUACAAGUCUAAAUAUAGCUUAAGCAUUAGGGGAACUAUUGAUUUGGAUAGCACAUUCUGGAACAUGUUGGCCUUUGGUAACCUAACUGAACUAGAAGAUCUGAGUAUCAGCAAUUGUCCUCCUCUCCCACUGCAUCACUUCCAUAUGCUAUCAUCACUAAAGACCCUCACGCUAUGGGGUUCAAGCAUUAUUGUAUUCCCCUUAAUUGAAGGAGAGAGCCGUGCCGAAUACCAAUUUCCAGUUGAAAGCAUGAGCAUAUACGAGUGGGGUGCUAGUGCCAAGGAAUUGACGCAGCUACUCACUUAUUUCCCCAAGCUCUCAGAACUGGCUGUGCGGUGGUGUGAGAAGAUAUCAGUGCUAGGUGUAGUGGAGAAGCAGGCCACGGCAACACCCGCGGACGUCGCACACAUCGAGCAGCACCAGCAGCAGGAUGGCACAAGAGGAGAGGAGGAAAUCUCAGCAGAAGGGCUGCUCCUCUUGCCUUCCCAAUCCCACCUCCAGAACUUGGUCCUCUGGUUCUGCCCAGAGCUGAGCCUCCGCUCCAUUCCAGCCGACUACAACAGAGAAGCAGGACGAACUCGGGGAGGACAAGGGCUCCAAGGUCUGACCUCCCUCCGAUCGUUGCACAUAAUAGAUUGUCCCAGGUUGCUCUCCUCCUAUUCGUCCUCCUACACUUCUCCUUGUUCUCCCUUCCCAACCUCCCUGGAAUACCUCUCUCUUAACGACGUGGAGACGCUGCUGCCUCUCUCAAAUCUCAUCUCUCUCACAGCUUUAUCCAUAGAUGAUUGUGGGGAUUUAAGAGGCGAGGGACUGCGCCCUUUCCUCGCUCAUGGUCGUCUUACCUCAUUAAGCGUCACCGGAACCCCCAAUUUCUUCGCUGGUUCCGAGUCCUCGCUGCCGCAUGAACAAGAUAUUCCAUCCUCUUCCUCCAAACUGCAGGAGCUUCUGACGGAUGACGUCGCGGGAGCCCUUUCUGCGCCCAUCUGUACGUUGCUCCCGUCCUCGCUCACCAAAUUGAUCUUUCGGGGGGACUCAGAUGUGGAGCGCUUCACAAAGGAGCAAGAGGAGGCCCUUCAGCUCCUCACCUCCCUCGAGGGGAUCAGAUUUCAGCAGUGCGACAAGCUGCAGUGCCUCCCUGCAGGGUUGCAUAGACUUCCGAACCUCAAGAGAUUAGACAUCGACACUUGUAAAGCCAUCUGCUCGCUGCCCAAGGAUGGCCUGCCAGGUUCCCUGCUAGAGUUGGAGAUAGACGAUUGUCAAGGCAUCCGGUCGAUACACAAGGAGUGCCUCCCAAAUUCACUGCAAAAACUAGUGAUCAGACACUGCCCAGGCAUCCGGUCUCUUCCAAAGGUGGAAUACCUUCCAAGUUCGCUGCGAGAAUUGGAUGUCGGUACUUGGAACAGCGACGAACUAAGAAGGCAUUGCCGCAAGUUGAUAGGAACCAUUCCAAUAGUCAGAGUCUGACAAACCCAAGGGAUAUUGUUGGAAUUGGUACAUUCUUCUGACCUCUGAAUUCUCACUGUAUUUACAUGAAUACACGAUUCGAGUUGCCAAGUACGAACAUCUCAGAUGUGCCUAACGAAGUGCACAUAAAACUGAUCAUCUCCAUGGGAGCCUAUUAACUAGGAUAACAAAAUGGUGCUGAGAUCAUAUUGGAUUAGGUCAAGGACACAAGGGAACAUCAAGUCAUUGGGUUGUACAUCCUUGUACUCUUGUUAAAUCUUUCUGAAAACAAAGAGUCGCUCAAAAGGGCGUUGAGGUGUGGCUUCCUGCUGUUAGAAAUCCCUUCCCCAAAGAAUUUGGAUUGCUGAAUGCCUACCUUUAAUACUUUGGCAAUGGUGCAACAGAAAAAAGGUAUUUAUUUUGAAGGCCUCAUGUAAACUAUCGUUCAUUACAUGCAACUUCGUAUGUUCCAGCCCUAUGCAUGCAAGUGUCUGGCACUGCAGUAGUCAACACGAAAUUACUACUAUGUUCGCUGGAGCAACUUCACAAGUUCAGAUGUUCCAACUUCCAAGUGUUUCCUGCAUCUCCUCAACGACUUGCCUGCAUCAUCUGUACUCUGUAGUCUGCAGUUCUGCACACUUAAGCCCUACUCGUUCCACGAUUAACCUUGUGAUUGGCCGGCCUAGCCAUUUUUUCAAGUUGUGCCAUAUUGAGCAGAUAUCGACCAAAUGGUUCUUCACAUUGCACUCGAAGUUAAUCUGAGUUGCAGGUGUAUCUGCUGCUGCUCGAGCUUGUAGAAACUGGCCGUGAUUUGCAUAUGAGGGAUCUUGCAAAGAGCACAAUCUUUGACAAGAGCUAUAUCACUUUGCUCAUGAAGCUGGUACGUUGGACAAUGAUUCUUGCAUCCGUCAAGUUGUUGCGAUAAUUGCAAGCCCAAGUUUAAGCAUCCAGAGACAACAUGCUCCCAGUAAUAUGCAAAUAUAUAGGGAUGACAGUGUGACACUGGUUCAGGCCUUCAGGGCGUCCUCAAAACUUGCUCAGAGCAUGCUCUGGAAGCAAGGCAAGUGUUCAGGUUCAGUGGUCUAAUGCAAUUUUGAGAUAAAAUUGAAUGUUUUUAGGUUUGCUCACGUCCCAAUUACUGAGUAGACAUCAGAAAACUACGACUUGCACUGUACUUGGAGAGUAGUGUGUUUUCCCAUGACAAUAUAGCUUUGGGAAACUCUCGAUUAUUCAUGCAAUUUCCUGCAACUAAAUGCUGUCCUUUCCUUGGCUACAAAUUAAUUAUAUUCUGGGAAUGGUUUUUGAUA